CCUCUUUCUCCACAACAAACAAUACCAAGCAAGAAUAAGCACUGGUGUCUAGUGCUAUAUUCUCACAAUAUUUAAUCUAAAUAAUACUUCAAAAAACCACAAAAAUGAAAAUCAUCAUGCAACAGUCUUUCAUUUCCACCUCAUUCCUUCUUCUAACAAUUACUUUCUACAGCACUACUACUUUAGCACAACUCUCACCAAUUCAACCCCCUACAACAUCAUCUCCCUCUCCUCCAUCGACGCCAUUACCAGCAGUAGCAUCACCACCAUUACCAACAACAGCGGCAGCACCAACACCAGGACUAAACACAGUUCCACUAGUACCUACAACACCAACCGGUGCUCCAUCGCCCACCAUCGUCCCAAAAGGACCCACCAUUGACAUACUCAGCAUUCUUCAAAAAGCUAAAAGAUUCUCCGUCCUAAUCCGUCUUCUCAAAACCACACAAUUAAUCAACCAACUCAACUCACAGCUAGUAUCAUCACCAUCAGGCUCAGGAGGAUUAACCAUUUUCGCACCAGAAGAUAGUGCAUUCUCCAAACUCAAAGCCGGUUUCCUCAAUUCUCUCAAUGAUAGACAAAAAGUUGAACUCUUACAGUUUCACUCUCUUGCUUCAUUUGUUUCCAUUUCGAACUUUGAUACUCUUACGAACCCUGUCCAAACGCAAGCCGGUGAUGAUGCUAGGCUUCAACUGAACGUCACCACUUACGGUGGAAGCCAAGUUAGUAUGGCUACCGGAGCCGUUAAUGCUAGUGUUACCGGAACUGUUUAUAGUGACAGCAAACUUGCUAUUUAUCAAGUUGAUAAGGUGCUUCUUCCUCUUGAUCUUGUUCUUCCUGCUAAGGCUCCGGCUCUAGCUCCUGCGCCCGGACUUGCUAAGGGUUUGCCUAAGGCUGGAAAAACUAACUCUUCGGCUUUAGAUGAUGGUAGUGGUGCUGGUAGUGAUGAUGGUGAUACGAAGGAUUUACCUGCAGAAGCUUCUGGUGCAGUAUCGUUGAUGAUGUCGGUGAAUGUUGUCGUUGGAAUGGUUUUGGCUGCUGGAGUUGUUCUAUAAAGUGGAUGUGGAAUUGUUGAUGGAGGGGUUCAGUGAUUUUUUGUUGUGGUUUUUGAUAUUCUGUUGUGUUUUGUUUGAGUGAUUCUUAUUGUAUUCUGGCUUUCUUUUACUAUUUAUUCUUCUUCUUUGUUCUUAUUGUUUUGGUAACUUGAAAUUUGUGUUUCUUUCAUGGAUUAUUGGAAUCCAAUUUAUACAUGAGGGGCUUAUGUCCUGUAUAUAAUUUUUUCCAUUUGUAAAGUCAUUCAUUAAUGUUGUAAUGUUAAAUAACUUUUUACUA